AUGCCAUCCGGACUUCGGAUAGUCAUCGGUGGGGACGACGCCGGCUUCCCCUACAAGUCCAUCAUCACCCAACAACUCCUCACAGAUCCCCGAGUCUCUUCCGUUGUCGACGCUGGUCCCUCAUCAGAGGAAGACAAAACUGCCUACUCACACUUUGCCAUCGCCGCAGCUGAGAAAGUUGCAAAGGGCGAAGCCGACAGAGCUUUGUUGAUUUGCGGCACCGGCCUUGGUGUUGCCAUAGCCGCCAACAAAGUCCGUGGUAUCAGAGCUGUGACAGCACACGAUAGCUUCUCUGUCGAGCGUUCGGUCUUGAGUAAUAACGCCCAGGUCCUAUGUUUGGGACAGCGUGUUGUGGGCAUUGAGCUUGCUAAGAGACUUGUAAAAGAAUGGCUGGGUUAUCAGUUUGAUCCCAACUCGUCAUCUGCUGCCAAGGUUAAGAUAAUUGAGGAUUACGACAAAGAACAACUUAUAGCAGCGCCAGUAGUUGCUGCAUAG